AUGCAUCGACUUUUUGCUGAGCUGGAGCCAUCUGUAACCGUCACCGAGCAAAACCUGGCAGACCGAGUUCGGUAUAUCUUGCGCUCAAAUACAUUUGAUGUCACCGAACUCGAACGGCUACGACGUGAGGCUGUUCCUUCAUCGGGUGAAAAUGCUGCGGCUGAGGAUGCGGCGCCACAACUUGCUGAGCAAACGGCAAAUGUGGAUGCCGCCGUGAAUACGCCAGUUGUGGUUGAUUCAAACGAUGAUGGAACAGUCGCCCAGGAACUGGAACUAGAGCAAAUGAGGAGUACAUUGGAAGAGGCGAUUGUGGAAACGCGCAGUACGACUCUCGAAAAUCGACCGCGACUUCCCCGCUUAGCCCUAAGCAAGCGGAAUCGGGCUGUCGUGAGGGCUCUGAACCCAAUGCUGGUUACCUAUUUGGAAGCCAGCCGGGACCUUUGCGAUACGGACUCAAUUCUUUUUGGCGCCGCACUGGCAGUCUGCCGUAUUAUAGGUGCCAAACUUUCCACGGCUGGACGCGCUACUGGACAAAGUAGUGCUAUCCCAGCCUGGAGAAUAAGAAUUGAAGAACGUAUCGCAAAGGCUAGGGCCCUCAUCGGCAGACUGAUAUGCUUCAGGUCAGGCAAUACCAGGCCAAGGAUUGUGCGCACCGUCAGGAUGGCGUUUGCUGGGACAAAUGUUAGUUUGUCCCAGCCGGAUAUAAUGCAAAAACUGACGGAGCGCAUAGACGACCUGAAGCAAAGAAUAGCUGCUUGGGGAAAGCGGAUUCGGCGAUAUACCGAGAGGUCGACACGGUUCAACCAGAAUCGUCUCUUCCAGAGUGAUCAGAAGAGGCUCUAUAAAUCAUUGGAGCGACCAAUAGUAAGUGGAACGGGCCCUGCACCAAAUCAGGCCGACAUGGUCGCAUUCUGGCGCAGCCUGUGGUCAGAGCCCGUAAACCACAACGAGGGCCCUUGGACGGAAGUUGUGGCGAGUCAGUGUGCGAGUAUUACGCCCAUGGACCCCGUCAUCAUAAGCCGGAUGACGUAG